GGGCGGCGGCGGGUGGCGGCUUCCCGGGCAGGCGAGCAACCCGACGCGGAAGGCCCUCGCGCACCUUCCUGGCGCACGAGCCAGACGCAGGGGCGCAAACGCUUGCGAGAAGAGUUCCAGUCACAAAUGCAUGUGUGAUGCAUUUUGACAUUUACUGCUAAGAUGAAAUGCAGGAAUGAAAACCACACAUCCGUUUUAGUGUUCUCAGAUGUGAUUAGAUAUACUUUAUCAUAUUUUUAUGCUACUGACCUAUAAGGAAAACAGUAUUAAGAAAGGGUAACUGUUAAACGGCUAGGACCUACAACCUCAGUACUUCUGGGAUGAACUAGACUCUCACAAGGAGAGAUUGGAUCACGGCAUAUGCUCAGCUCAGCGGAGCCCUCAGCCUAGACUCCCACGCCUCUCCUUUGUCAGCCGUUGUCACCCGAAGCUUUAUCUCCUACAAUGGCGGACCAGCUUCCCACAGAGUUUGAUGUGGUCAUCAUAGGGACGGGUCUGCCUGAAUCCAUCCUUGCAGCUGCGUGUUCAAGAAGUGGCCAGAGGGUUCUGCAUCUUGAUUCCAGAAGCUACUAUGGAGGAAACUGGGCAAGUUUCAGCUUUUCGGGAUUGCUCUCCUGGUUGAAGGAGUAUCAGCAAAACAGUGCCAUUGUGGAAGAAAGUACUGCCUCGUGGCAAGGCCUGAUCCAUGAAACAGAAGAAGCUGUCACUCUUCGCAAGAAGGACGAAACCAUCCAACACACGGAAGUGUUUUGUUAUGCCAGUCAGGAUGCGGAUGACGGUGUUGAAGAGAUGGAGGCUCUGCAGAAAAGUCCUUCCUCAGCAACAUCCAGCGCCACCCCUGACCCUCUGCAUUCCGCAUGCUUGCCUGAAGAAACACACUCGUUGCAUGCUGCCAGCUAUGAAACGCCCGCCAAAGACACUCCAAAAAGUGAUGGAGAAGUUUCACUGGAAGUAACUGAUGUCGAGGACACCUUGGCAAAGGAAGAGUACUGUGGAGAUGAAACCCAUAUACCCGCAGUUUCAGAUGGAGAUGAAGAUGGAAAGAAACCUGUAGAGAAAGACAGCACUGACCAACCAAAGAGAAAGAAGAUUACUUACUCUCAAAUAGUUAAAGAAAGCAGGAGGUUUAAUAUUGAUUUGGUAUCAAAGCUGCUGUAUUCUCAAGGAUUGCUAAUUGAUCUCUUAAUCAAAUCAAAUGUGAGUCGUUAUGCAGAAUUUAAAAACGUCACUAGGAUUCUUGCGUUCCGUGAAGGAAAAGUAGAACAGGUGCCUUGUUCCAGAGCAGAUGUCUUUAAUAGCAAAGAACUCACUAUGGUUGAAAAGAGGAUACUGAUGAAAUUUCUUACGUUUUGUUUAGACUAUGAACAACAUCCUGAUCAAUACCAAGCUUUUGUGCAAUGCUCAUUUUCAGAGUACUUAAAAACUAAAAAAUUAACCCCCAACCUCCAACAUUUUGUGCUGCAUUCGAUUGCAAUGACAGAAUCAUCUUGCAGUACCAUAGAUGGCCUUAAAGCAACGAAAAACUUCCUUCGCUGUCUUGGACGGUUUGGCAACACCCCCUUUUUAUUUCCCUUGUAUGGGCAAGGAGAAAUUCCCCAGUGUUUCUGCAGGAUGUGUGCAGUUUUUGGUGGAAUCUAUUGUCUUCGUCACAAAGUCCAAUGCCUGGUAGUUGACAAAGAUUCUGGAAAAUGUAAAGCAAUUAUAGAUCACUUAGGUCAAAGAAUAAAUGCUAAAUACUUUAUUGUGGAGGACAGUUACCUUUCUGAGGAAACCUGCUCAAAUGUGCAGUAUAAGCAGAUCUCCAGGGCAGUGCUCAUUACGGAUCAGUCUAUACUAAAGGCAGAUUCAGAUCAGCAGAUUUCCAUUUUGGUAGUGCCUCCAGAGGAAUCAGGAACAUGUGCCGUUCGUGUCACCGAAUUAUGUUCUUCGACCAUGACGUGCAUGAAAGACACCUAUCUGGUACAUCUGGCCUGUUCAUCUUCUAAAACAGCAAGAGAAGACUUAGAGUCAGUCGUGAAGAAGUUAUUCACCCCAUACAGUGAAACAGAAGUAGACCAGGAAGAAUGUACAAAGCCGAGACUCUUGUGGGCUCUUUACUUCAAUAUGAGAGACUCCUCGGGCAUCAGCAGAAGCUCCUAUGAGGGCUUACCUUCCAAUGUUUACGUCUGCUCUGGGCCUGACUGCGCCCUGGGAAGCGAGCAUGCGGUCAAGCAAGCUGAAACGCUUUUCCAGGAGAUGUUUCCCAAUGAAGAAUUCUGCCCCCCGCCUCCAAAUCCGGAAGAUAUUAUCUUUGAUGGUGAUGAUAAGCAACCAGAGGCUCCUGGAGCCAAUAAUAUAAUCAUGGCCAAAGUAGACUCCUCUGAGGGAAGCAAAAACCUAGAAAGCCCAGAGAAGCAAUUUCAAAACUAGAGAAGAGCAAACUGGAAAUGCUACAUUGGACAUUCAUCCUGGCAUCAGAAUAUUUUCACUUAAAGGACUCUUUCAUACAUGAUUAAUCAGAACGGGUUAUAUGAUGAUAUAUGCAGAUGUGUUUUAAUUCUGUUUGAGACAUUCAGUUAUUGGAUAUUGUUGUUAUCCUAUCAGUAACUGAUUGAUUAUUGGACAAAGUUUUAUUUUAGUACUGGGUGUUAUUAGUGAGGGUUCUAUAUUAGCAACUGUGCUUAAAGGGAUGUAAUAAGUAUCUGCUAGUGACCUUCAGAUUUUAUUAGUCUAUAAUAACAAUAAUAUGGAAGGAAUAUUUUAGUUACUUUUGUAAUUAUUUUAGUUGCUCCUGCCUCUGAGUAGUUAAACACACACAGUAAAUUAUGUGGGUCUUUUGUAUAUAAUAUUAAUGUACAGACAUGAUAGUAGCAAUAGCAACUUCCAUACAAGUGCCAACUGUUAAAAGAUUAAAUUUGCAUGAUCCUUUACUUGUAAAGGUCUAGUGUUUACAACACUUUGUGCAGUUCAGUUCCCCUACUUAGCCCUGGUAACCAGCAAGGCAUUGCCGCCACCACAAUCUUCUGUAUUACAGAAAGUGGUGGACAGUCCAUCUGAUCAUUGAAGAGGUCAUUCUUGGGAAGUUUGUCCCAAAGGAAAUCUCAGGAUCAGGUUAGUUCUGGUUUACUACUACUUCAGAAAAUUUCUGCAGAGGCCUGUGCUGGGCUAAAAGAAAAGAACUUCCAACAACUAACUUGGGCCAAAAGAAAAAAAAUAUAUAUACAUUGCUCCAGGAAAAGGUACCACAGAUUUGAAAUUCCGAAGAGAAGAUGGAGUGAGGCAUUUGGGAUGCUGGUGGUUUUUCAAAGCCGUCUGGAGGUUUCCCGAGGUUUCUUAGUGAGGGUCCGAUACACCACUUUGUGGUGCUGCCACUUUAAUUAGCAGCAGAGUGUGGUGGAUAGGAGUGAAUGGAAGGAGGGUUCACCAUGUCUCCUCCCUUAUGCCCCACUCACAGUUAGUGAGGUGACCGCCUCCGUGAUCACUUCAGCCUCUCAGCUGUUGCCUAGAGAACAAACAUUUUUUCCAGAGCCCUCAGAAGCCAAAGCUGUCGUACUCCGGUGGUGAAAACCUGCGGAGUUGUCAGGAGAGCUGAAGUGCCUCCCCCUUCAGUCUCCUGUUUCCAUUCCUCAGAAUGGUCAUUCCUCUAGGAAGAGAGCCCUCCAGAGCAUCUACGAUGUGCUAGGCACCUGUGCUUCCUAGUGACAGGGUCGUAACCACCCUGUGAGGCUGAUCCUAUUGAAUACGUUUUUAACGAAGAGGCAAAGAGGGAAAGACAGUUACUAAUACUUCGGCCCGGGUCUGGUAUGGGGAAGAGCCAGGGUUGGAAUCCAGGCUGCCCCGAUACGGAAGUCCAUGCAGCGCAGCGCGGGAAGCAGAGCCCACGGGCUCCGGCCUCUCCGUCUACUCUCAGAUCAGGGAGAUGUGAAGCGUAGGAUUAGUUAGAAAUAAAGUUAGAGCAGAGGAGCUCAUGGAAGCAGAAUUUGGCUAAAUUUCAACAAAGUAAUGCUUUUUAAUAAUGUAUCUUUUGAUCUGAGCAACAUAUUAUAAAAAUAUGCAGAUGAUACUAGGCCCAGAUAAGCUGUGAAUAGUCUUUUGUUGCUCUUCUAUAUGUGAGGAAAAUGAAACAACAAAGACUUAGGUACUUCACAGCUUCCUGAAAAUAGAAGUCAUGAAUUGGUAUUAAUAUUUAUGCAUGUAUUAAUACGGCAAAGUGGUUCUAUUAGGUAUAGCCUAAGGUUUGAACCUAUCAAAAUAUUUUCACCAUCUAUAAAACAGAAAUAAUAUUUUGUAGAAUUAGUGUGAAGGUUAAGUUAGAUAAUGUGUUUGAAAUCAUAGCCAAAGGAAUGCCACUAGAUGACAUUAGUAUGGAGAUUUACUACACUUGAACUGCACAUUCCAACUUCUAUUUUAUAUAAUUUGACAGAACUGUGGCAAAUUAGGACAACAGGCAAGAUAGAUUUAUCUUUUUAACUUAGGGGAAAGAAGUGAGAGUCUUGCCCUUUAAAUCCUACAAUAACCUUUUCUAAAUACACUUUGAUGCUAAGUAGGAAGUUUAACUAAGACUUAAUAAACCAGUUGGAAGGAAAUAAUUAUGCAGUAACUACUGGUAGAAAGACUAAUUGGAUGUCAGUGUGAAAAAAAGAAUUAGGCCCACAUUACAUAUGAUAAGACAGUUCAUUCCAUAGGAGUUAAAAUGUUGAUUAUAAAGGUGAAAAUAAAAAGACUACAGUUCUCAUCCCAGUAGUACAAAAGAUACUUCAUGGCACUGAAAAAUAUCACUAGCAGGGUAGGUGAGGUCAACUAAAGAAAAAUGAAAAAUGGCACUAAGUAAGAAGACAAAAAAGAGAUUGGAUUUUUAAAAAGCUACUUACAUUACACAUGGAUAAAAUGCUUAAUAUUUUUUAAAAAGUAGAUGCAAAACCAUAAAGCUUCUACUCUUUACUAAGUAAGGUUAUGAAAGGAGAGAGUACAAAGGACAGAAAUAAAAGACGAUUCUUAGAAUUGAUAUUCAGGUCUCCGAGCACUAAAAACGCAAAUUGAAACAACUUUGACCUGGUGUAUGCUAUUAUAUUAGCAAAACAUUUUAAAAUUUAUGUGUCUUCAUACCAGUAGCAUGAUUAGUAAUUUUUAAAAGAACUAUUUAGAUCAAAAGCUCUGUAACCAAUCUAUUUUUGGCUAGACCAAGUCACUUUGAACAGCAUAUGCCUAGGAAAAUAUUUAAAAGAAAAAUAAGCUACUUGUACAAAGAUACUUCUAGCAAUUCCAUUCAUACACAUUUUAAAAAAAAAAAGUCCAGCAUUUGGGAAAUGGAUAAGUAAAUUUUGAUGUAUUGCUAUUGUAGACCGUUACAUAGUCAUUAACGGAUAUUGAUCUAUGUAAAAUUGUAUGAAAAAUGUUAAAUGAGAUUCAAAAAUGUUAAAACAUUAUUUUAUGUACAGAUUAUGUUUGUGUAAAAAUUUAGGUGUCUACAUCAAAAAGAAUCAGGAAAACGUACUUAAUUGGAGUUUAACAUUAAGGGAUUCUUUUUUUUCUGUAAAAUGUUGAUGUGUAUGAUACAAAUAAAAGAAUAAUUGGUAAAGUG